AUGGCGACCUCCGAUAAGAUAUCUGUUGCUGUUCGUGUUCGACCGCUUGGUGAAUAUGGUGUAGGGGACGUCGUGGUUCAUGAUCCACCGACGUCUUCCCUCAUAAUUGGAGUUGAUCGUUCAUUUACAUUUGACCACAUUUUUUCUCCGGAGACUGACCAAUCUACCAUUUUUGAUAUUUUAGUUGCACCAUUAAUCACUGAUUGUCUCAUGGGAAUUAACGCAACAGUGUUGGCUUACGGUCAAACUGGUUCAGGCAAAACUUACACAAUGGGUACUACAUACGAUAUCAGCGAUUUUGCGAUGUCUGACAGCGUUGGCAUUAUUCCUCGCGCUAUCGUUAGUCUAUUCGAUCAGAUUGGUAACAGAACAGACAGCGAAUUUUCUGUCGAAGCACAAUUUAUUGAGUUAUACAAUGAAGAACUCAGAGACCUGCUCACUCCAAAAAAGAAUGCCGUUAAAAUUCAGGAGAAACUAGGCGGUGGCAUUUACCUCUCCGGUGCAACUUCGGUUAAAAUACAGUGUGUCAGCGAUGAUAAUUCUCGUGUGGAAUUGAUUUCUUCGAAAUUUCAUUUUGUCGAUCUUGCUGGUAGUGAGAGGCUAGGUCGCACUGGCGCCGAGGGCGAACGCGCAAAGGAAGGCAUCAAAAUCAAUUUUGGGUUGCUCGCUCUUGGAAACGUUAUCAAUGCUCUAUCUGAGAAUCAAAAACAUGUUCCCUAUCGCGAUUCAAAGCUGACACGACUUCUUUGUGAUUCUCUUGGCGGAAAUUCGCGUACUGUCUUGAUCGCUUGCAUAUCCCCAGCGGAGGUAGACAUGGCGGAGUCCAUUAAUACUCUUCAAUAUGCAACUCGCGCCAAGAAGAUUCGAAACACAAUAUCAAUCAACGUAGCAAACAUGACUUCCGCAGAUGCAGAAACGUUGAAGAAACUUUUAGCCGAGAAUCGGCGAUUGAGACAACAGCUCAAGGCGAUCACUUCACAAUCAGGUACACAGUCACUCUAUUCGCGAUCACCAAGUCAUCGGAUGAUGUCGGGUAAACCGUCGAUCCCCCUACGUGCCAAGGAAAGCCUUUCCCAAAUUGCGAUUUCUUUUGAUAAAAUAAUGGCUUCGCGAAUGAAACAAAUGAGCGAGAUUACAAACGCGGGUGCUGCGCGAUUCCUGCGGAUUGUUGAACUUACAAAUCUGAAGUUACAACACGCCGUACUUGACGGAUGUGGGGAUUCUCAAGCCCAACAGGUGCUGGCCCAGGUUCGAACGCUGGAAAAGGAGAUCGAGGACGCGGCUUCGCGGGUCGCGACUUUGGCCGAGGCCCUCCGAAAGUCCGCUGCCGCCAUUCAUGACCUCUUGGGGAAGGUCGAGCGAGUGAUCCACGCCUUUCCACCCAACUGGCAGUACAUACCCCAAACAAUCCGAUCGGCAAUGUCUACUCGCCUAUCGAAUUCUGACUCGGCAGGACUCCAGUGCUACAACAGCAAUCUAAUCAACGUGCUACAAUUAUCACAAGCAGAACACGCUCGUAGUCUGGCAACCAUUCUUCAACUGAACCAGAUCGCUGGCCCAGUCCUCCUACGUCGCUAUCUCCCCACACUGCUAGGCAAGGCCUCAGAGGGUUGCAAAGUUCGAUCGGAAAUUUUCGAUGACGGGAAAGGCAUUCGACAGGACGGCCCUUCCAUAUCCUCCCUCCUUCCUGGGUUGUUUGAGGGAUCAGCGAAAAGGAAGCCGGGACUUCCCCGAACCGCACCGCCGUGUUCUUCAACCGAUUCUAAACGCCUGGGUUUGAAGAAACCGGCUCCGAGGGGCACUGCGCUCAACUCCCGACCAACCGCCUCACAACAGUCGAAGGUUGUUGCCCCCAAGCCCACUCGUAUGAGUUACGUCGCCGCCGUCGGCUGUAAUCACGUGCCUGAGGAAUACUUGACAAUGCUGGAGACGGCGGCUCCCCAGGCUACCGCCUGUCACUCCUCCGUCGACGUUAUUGAUCCGCCCGGUAGUCCCACGCCCCAACCCAUCGCUCCGCGCACCGUUACUCGUGUUGUGCGCGACUCCCCCAAAUUCCAUUUGCUUUCACAAGUCGUUCCACCGCCUCCUAGUUUGGAUGACGGCCCCUCGUCCCCAAAUCGACAGGCCUCAGCUCCCCCUGUCCGACACCAUCAGAUCCCUCUCUCCUCCAGAGCGCAGUUAAUCAUGCCUCCAACUCUUUUUGAAGUGCCACCGCCCAAUUUCAAUGCCCGUCUGUUUUUAGUGGUUUGGCACAAUGGCCUUCCCCUCCCUGUCGUCGACAGUCCUGAACAGGAGAACUGUCCACCAUCCGAUGUUCCCAUGGUAGACGCCUCCAAAGCUCCCCGUCUCGAUCGGAACUUGAAGUCCGCCCCGCCACUCCAAUCAGCUGCUGGAGGGGACGUGCUGCGUGCUCUUCCAGUCCAGUCCACGGUGACCAAGCGAAGCAUAUCCGAGGUUGACGCCGACGACACCUCCAGCGCCGCCGACGACGCCCGAAUGGAAACGGAGUCGGGGUCGUGUGAGGAGGGGGUGAAACGGACCAAGUUUACUCUCCGUCAGAGCAUCCUGGAGCGCUUCCAGCGAUGCGGUAUCGAUUUUAGCUCCUUUGCGCCACCCUAA